AUGAGCGCCCCGCUGAGAUGCGUGCCCACGAGGGGAGGUUGGUUGGUCGGCCAGAGGGGCAGGGCAGAGCGUGUCGGACACACACUCUCACCUCUCCCAUUCGUCGGCGCCAAAGUACCUCUCGGGCAGGUCCACCUCCCACAGCGGCCGCUCGACGAGGACGGCCUCGAGCGAGGCGGCGCCGGUGCCGGAGAGCGGCGCUAUGCCCAGGAUCGGACGGUACUUGUACGUGUGCCACCAGCGGGUCUUGCCGGCGCCGUCCUGGGUCUCCGUCUCCGGCUCCUCCUGGCGGCCGCGGAGCGUGGCGAGGCCGGACUCGGGCUCUUCCGAAUCAGAACCCGCGGCGGCGUCGUCGGCGGAGUCCGCGUCCGAGUCGACGUCCAUCGCGUCCGCGGGGGCGCGGGCCUCGAUGUCGUCUUGCCACUCCUUGGUGCCCUUGGCCGCGACGAAGCGGUCGACCUGCGCGGGGACGAUGGCGCCGAUGGACAUUUUGGAGCCGGCGCCGGAGUCGGGGCCCUUGCGCUUGCGCUUGGUGCCCGCGGCGUGCGCGUGGACGACGACGGCGGUGUCUGGGUCGGCGACGGCGACGGGGGCGGAGAGGUCUUGGGAGAGGUCGAGCAUGAAGAGGAAGUUGAUGCCGUAGAUCCAGACGCGCGGGCCCUGCCAGAGGGCGCCCUUGGCGAGGUCGCGGGUCUCGCGGAUGGUCGCGGGCAGGCGGGAGACGGGGUUGCGGCGGGACCAGGCGUUGAGGGAGCCGGCGGCGGGGUUGAAGAUGAGGAUGUGCCAGGCGGUUGUGACGGCGGCGAGGGUGUACUCUGGGGUGUUGCUGGCGGUGGUUGCGAGGUCCGGGGAGAAGGAGAGGACGACGGGGGUAGCGGGGAGUUUGGGGAGGAGGGAGGCGGUUGGGUUGCGGAUCCAGCGCUCCGUGGCGUCGGCGGCAGCAUCGUCGGAGUCGCUGUCGGAGGAGGAAUCUUCCUCCUCGUCGUCUUCAGCGCGCGGGGACGGGGUGCCGAAGACCCAGGUGUCGAUGUAGCCGGCCAGGUCGGCGGCGGCGAGCAUGCGGCUGUCCGGGGAGAAGGCGAGGUGCGCGACGGUCCUCUCGUAGCUGCCGAGGCCGCCGUGGGACUGGUGCUUGGGGACGUUGCGGCGGAGGCGGGCUACGGCGCGGGGCUUCUCGAUAGCCACGGCGCCGGAGUCGGCGUCGCGCGUGAUGCGCGCGACGAGGACCUUGGAGCCGUCCUGCACCGCGGCGAGCCAGGCGCCGUCCGGGGAGAGGAUGACCUUGCUGGCGCCGUUGGAGGCGAAGGAGGCCGGGACGGGGAUGGUGGAGACGGCGACGUCGGAGGGCUUGGUGGGGUUGCCGUCGUGGCGGAGGUGGAAGGCCUUGAGGGCGGUCGGGGUGGCGACGGCGCAGAGGGAGCCGUCGGGGGUGAUGGCGGCGGAGGAGAUGGAGGAGUCGCCGUUGACGAGUAUGGUCUUGAGGAGCUUGCGGUUGGCGUCGAGGUCCUUGUCCUUGUCGGCGGGGGCGACGCCGUCGCCGAAGAGGCCGUCGAAGGAGUUUUGCAGCUUCCAGACCUCGACCUGGUUGUCCCACCAGUUGAUGAGCAGGCGGGCGUCGGGCGCGCUGGCGAGGGGGGGCGUCUGGGGGAGGUGCGGGAGGGUUCUGUGGUUCUCGCGACCGAGUUCUUUGAGCGGGAGGACGACGGGGGAGGCGUCGGGGCCUUUUGGGGUUCACUUACCUCCUGUGACGACGAUGCUGACGCUCCUGCUCUCGAACGAGGCCAUGGCCUUGACGUCGUGCUCGUGGUAUUUCCUGCUCCAGACCUUGCCCCAUCUGGCGCCGUUGCCGGAGGUCUUCUUGUAGAGGACGGUGCGGCGGUCCAUGCCGCCGCUCAUGAUGGCGGAGCCGUCGGCGCUGGUGGCCAGGCUGAGGGCGUCCUGGCGAUGGCCCUGGAUGCGCUGCGCCUGGGUCGUCUUGACGCUCCAGACGAUGAUGUCGGCGCGUUCCCUGGCGCCGGCGUCCUUGCGGUCCUUCUCGGGACCGAUGGUCAUCUUGCUGAGGCAGGAGCCGCGCUUGAUGUCGUAGACGCGGAGCGUCGAGUCGGAGCAGCCGACGACGAAGGUGUGGCGCGACUGGAAGGCGAUGCUGACCAUCUGGACCUUCUUGGUGGGGGACUUGACGAGGAUGCGCUGGAAGCGCAGCUCGCCGUCCUCGACGGAGUAGAGGGCGAGGACGCCGUCGAUGGUGCCGGCGACGAGGCGGGUGACGGGGUCGGAGGGCGAGGCUGGGGGCUGGGCGGCGAGGCACCAGAUGUCGCCGUGCUGGCCGGAGGCGUGGCGCAGGGGCCGGCCGGUCUCGAGGUUCCAUUCGGUGACGGCGGAGGUGUAGCCGAUGCUGAAGAGGCGCGCGCGGCCUGGGAUGGCGGUGCCGCCGGGGGCGGAGGGGGUGUCGUCGGGGUCGGUCACCCAGACGAGGCCGUCGACGGAGCGGUCUGCGCCGGAGCGGAGGACGGUCUCCUGGAGCCAGGCGCCAUUGAGGGGGUUCCAGAUCUCGAUGUCGCCGUUCGCGCGGCCGACGGCGAGGCGCGAGAGGGCGGAGUGUUGCUUCGUGCGGGCGGAGGGGUGGGAGAAGGCGAGGGCGUUGAUGGCGGAGGGAGGGUACGCGAUGAAGCGGCAGCGGUGGAGGUCCAUUGUGGUGUGUGGUUUGGCCUCCUGGCCGGGGCGACUAGAAGUAGAGAGGGUAUCAAUUGA